GGCACAAGUGUCAACACACCUCAAAAUGAGACUGCUGCUGUGCGUGGUGGGCGUGGCCACGCUGGCAACUCUCACCCCAGCGGCGCCCCAAGGUUACAGCGGGAGUGGAGGACAUGGUGGUGGGGGAGGACACAGUGGAGAUAGCGGUUACAGUGGAGGAGGACAUGCCGGAGGAGGUGGAGGUUACGGUGGAGGAGGAGCCAGCAAUGCGGCCUUCAGCAUAGGGGGAGACUACAGUGGUGGCGGUGGCGGACAUGCUGGAUUACCAAGUGGAGGAGGAAGCGGUGGUGCAGGAGGUGGUGGUGGCUAUGGUGGAGGCCACAGCGGAGGAGCAAGUGGUGCCGGCUAUGGAGGUACAGGGGGAUAUAGUGGUGGGGAAGGUGGUGGAGGUGGCUCCUCCCUCAAUAACUUCGUCUUUGGUAGUUUUGAUGGGAGUGGUGGUGGACAUAGCGGUCAUGGUGAUAUUGGCGGAGGAUUUGGUGGUGGAGCAGCUGGUGGUCAUGGUGGUGGUGGCUAUGGAGGAGGAGGAGGAGCAGGUGUUCAUGGUGGUGGUGGCGGCUAUGGAGGAGGAGGAGGAGCAGGUGGUCAUGGUGUUGGAGUUGUUCAUGAAGCGGGUGGUGGAGGGGGUGGAGGAAGUGGAGCAGGUGGAGGAUAUGGAUACUAAGUACAAAUUCAUGACUGUUGUAAUUAAUUACCAAAGACUGAAAAAUAAAAUUAAUUAAAAUUAACAUUUCAUUAUUUAACAUUUUUACUAAACAAAACACAAUAAUGGGAAAGAGUUCCUUAGGACUGUAACAGAUACUGCAGUAUUCCACUUCCAAGUGUGCCCAGACAUGGUUCUUGCCCAUCCAAUGAUCUUGCGAUUUCGCAGCCAACUACUGAAAUUAGAGACUUAAGGGGGUCGACAUUAAAAAAAUAUUUUGUUUUUUUUGCUUAUAUUUUUUUAUGGUCCUUCCUCUUUCGCAAUUUAUAAGUCAAAGGGUUAGGAAAAAUCUAUACGUUGGUGUAUUUCAUUAUGCAAUGACGUCAUUUGGCGACAUUUUGCGUUGA